AUGGAAAGACUUUCUCCAGGGUUGACUCCUCAAGAUUUCUUCGAAGUAUACAAACUUCUCGUGAAAGCUGAGUUGUUGGAAAAUACAACGCUGAUUUCUGGAAGUGAAAUUUUGGAAAGAUUUUCGCACGAUUUGAUGAUUUGUAAGUAUAUAUUACUGAGAAUAAUUGCAAAACUAUGUACUGAGAAAUUUGUAGGAGACUAGUUUGUAGGCUUCACCGUAGGGAUCUGACAAUGUACAAUGGUGCGCAGUGUAGCACUGCGGCAGGUUACAAUUACUCGUAAUAACAUGUUUUCUGGGCACAUACAGUGGGUACAGUACUUGUAUGCCAUUUAAUACCUCACCAUGCAAUGAAAGAGUGCCGGAGCUUAACUGUCUGGACCUCCAGAGAGAAAAUUUUAAAACUAAUACAGCAUCUAUCCAGUAUAAAUAAAGCUGAAUAGUUUAGGUUUCCUCCUGUGUUUCCCUGCAUACAGUAACAAUUAUAUGGACCUUUAUAAGUUAGUCAGAAUUGCUAGAGGUAUCGAUCAGGCAGUAACCAUAAAAUAAAUACCCGAAAAUGGAAUGCGAUUUAGGUUAUACUCCUGUAGUCACACUGGACCAAUAAAUGAUCACCUUUGCUGAAGACCUCUGGGAAGAACAGUUUAGAACUAAACUAAGGAAAUUUAAUAUAUUCUAUCUGUAAUAAAUUGCAGCUCCUAGUCGUCUAGUACUCUAGUAAGGGAUAAUGAAUCUUUAUUGGACCAGUGUUACUAUAUAUACAGGAGGAAGACAUAUUCUAUCUGUUAGCCUAUAAAUUGCUCUUCCUAGAAGUCCACUAACGGCCAAUGCAUCUUUAUUGGACCAGUGUUACUAUAUACAAGAGGAAGCCUUACUAAUCCGACUUUAUUUAUAUUCAAUACUGGUUAGUUAUAUGCAUGACUUCUAUCACGGACACGGUUUUAAAUUGCUCUCGAUCCCUGCCUCAUGGAGACUCUGCAGGGCCAUCUUCUAUAUGUCCAGUAUUACUGCAGAAGGAAUUAGUACUUAACCUAUAAUCUAUAAAAUAAACUAACUUUAUACUGCAUUUAUACUGUCCUAUGCUGGACAGCAUUAUCAGUUCUAUAAACCUCUCUAGAGACCAUGCAUGCAGCGAUGGACAUCUGUUAUUGAUCGCGAGUGUUGCUUUAACAGAAAACAAUUUGGGUAAUAAUACAUGCAUAUGCAUGGAGAAGCUGCUAAUAAAGUCAAACUGCAUGGAAACUUCUUCUCAAGUGGGAAAGAGAUAAAAUUGCAAUAGACAACUGUAUCAUAUGCAGGAAGCAAUUUAAUCUUGGUUAUAUAGAUGUGAUUGAUUUAGAAAUAAACGACUAGAUUUCACCAGCUAGACAGAUAUAACUUGAAAUAUUUUAUUUUACAUAUAAUCAUUUGCUGAUUUGAAUCAAAUUUAUCCAAAGAAAUGUUUUCAAGACCAACUGGUUAAGCAGUACAUGCACCAUUGUCAGCAAAAUUAAAACUUAUGAAAUAUAAGAACAUAACAUUACAACACUUGCUAUAUAUAUAUAUAUAUAUAUAUAUAUAUAUAUAUAUAUAUAUAUAUAUAUAUAUAUAUAUAUAUAUAUAUAUAUAUAUAUAUAUAUAUAUAUAUAUAUAUAUAUAUAUAGUACAUCAUAACUAUUAAAAAUAUGCCUCUGCUUUUAUACAGUAUGAUUCAUAUAAUUAUAUAAACGCCACAAUUUACGGACUAAAAAUUAUAGCCAUCCCAAUCAAAAUUUUCUUAUUUUCACUAGUCUUGAAUGAAAGCACAGAAUAUCAAAUGAAAGGAAACGAUUCUAUGUUUCCAGAAGCUUGUGUAGAAUACUGCAACACCAUUGUCAACAACACUCCUCAACUUAUGGUAGAAUUCAUAGAUUUAAAAGACAUUUACGAGAAAGUCCAGAGUCGUGCAGGAGGCGGUUCUCAUCAACGAGUCUCCUCAGGGUUAAUAAAUAUCAAAGCCACUUCGGAAGGACAAUUGUGUGGUAUGAAUGUGUUUGUUGAGAGAAUGCCCGAGGCCGCCACAUUAUGUGGAGAUAUAAACGAAAGAAUACAGUUACGUGUUAAUCAUGAACGUUAUUUUCAAAAUCAGGUAUGUUCACGGAUAUAGCCUAUAGAGGAUAUUACACGGCGGCGCGAACAUAUGACUUUUAUCUCUUAGUGGUGAAAACAAUAUUUUACGAACGAGCGCAGCGAUAUGUUCUUAUGCGAUAUGUUAUUAUGUUCAUUAGGGAAUAGGUCCAUAUAUAUGUAACUAAUUAUUAAUAAUAAAAUUAAUGAAUUAAUUAGCUAACUAAUAAUAUACAUAGAAAUUUUAUUCAACUGUGAUUGGUAGAUUUCAGUGCAGUUAAUCUCAAGCGGCAGUGCGAAAUUCCGUAACCACAGUGCAAAAGUCUGUAACAAUCUGAUUGUUGGAAAGAACAAUGGCAUCCAAAAUUAACCAAUCAGCUUAAGGGGACACUCCACCCCCAGAACAAGUGUCGCUAAUAAGAAAGCUUUAUAUGAGCCUACCUUGGAAUGAAUAUUUGUUAGCCUCAAUUCUUUUUCGUUUGCGAGAAAUUUAACUUUGUUUCACUGAUUUUUGGUCAUUAUCGCCGCCAUGUUUGUUGAAUCCGCGGGUGGUCCUAUGAGUGCCGUGACGUAAAUGUGUAAUAGAAACAAAUUUCAUAAUCAGAUUGCAGCAAUGAUUCGCAUUUUAAAUAAUUUCCAACGGAAGAUCAUUGCUUGGUUCCAGAGUGGCACGGAAAACUGUGGGAAUCAGCCACAACAGAAUCCCAAAGAAAAAGGUUUGCGACGAGCGUGGCUGGCGAUAAAUUAUUUGCAGAGUAAAACCUACGCGAUUUAG